GCUCAUUAAAUAUGGCGGCGAUCUAGAAAGUGUGGACAGAAAUGACAUUGUUUCGAGAAAUGUUUCUAUGAUAUUAUGGUCAUUUGGAAACAUUUUGAUUGAAUCAUAUACAUAUUUGAAGGAGUUCCCAGACCCUACUUAGCUGACCGGCAGAUCUGCAUACAGUGGACAGUGAUCAUGGCUCAAGGCCGACCAAUCAAGUGUGUGGUUGUGGGUGACGGGACAGUGGGCAAGACGUGCAUGCUCAUCUCGUACACCACGGAUAGCUUCCCCGGAGAAUAUGUUCCCACAGUAUUUGACAACUACACGGCCAAUAUGAUGGUUGACAGUGUUCCAGUGAGCUUGGGAUUGUGGGAUACUGCGGGACAGGAAGACUAUGACAGACUCCGGCCUCUCUCCUACCCACAGACUGACGUGUUCCUGAUAUGCUUUAGUGUUGUGAGUCCCUCUUCCUUUGAAAAUGUCACAACAAAAUGGAAUCCCGAGAUCAAGCACCACUGUCCUGAUGCCCCGGUUAUACUUGUUGGUACAAAGAUAGAUUUACGAGAAAAUAAAGAAACCAUUGGCCAAUUAGUUGCUCAGGGUCUUGCACCCAUCAAGCGAGAACAAGGGAUGAAGUUAGUCAACAAAGUGAGAGCAGUCAAAUACAUGGAGUGCUCAGCGCUCACGCAGAGAGGACUCAAACAGGUAUUUGACGAGGCGGUGCGAGCCGUGUUGCAACCGCAGCCCGUGAGGAAAAGAAACCAUAAGUGUACAUUACUGUGAUGGCCGACUCAAGCACGACACAACUAAAUAUGUAAAACCUUUUACUACAAACUUUUGCCAAAUGGACUCAUUAGUCCUCUGAUGAGGACGAAUGGCGUGUUUUGUACUACAAGAAAACGAUUCUGUUCAGCAUUGUACGUGCUGAAUGAGGCUAUAAUUAUACAAUUCCUUGGCAUUUCUGUUGAUAUUUAGUUGUAAGGCAUCCCUUAUGUUACUAAAACAUACAACUUUGCACUAUUUUCAGAUUAUUGAGAAUGGCAGUAUUGCGUGCUUGGAGAACAUUUAGUUUGGUAACACUUAUGUACAGGAUGUAGUAUGCAAUUUUAAGUAUUUGUUUUGUAAGAUUUUAUUAUUUUUGCAUGCAAUGUUACAAUAGUGCUGGAAGGUCUGUGUAUAUGAGGAUCUUGUUUGUUCUGGAAUUGUUAUACAGUUCUGUUACCAUGGUUACGUGUGCGUAUCUAAGACAGAAUAUACUGGGGUGUUUUUGUUGAACGGGUGUAAUACUAACCUGUUACCAGAAUGACUGUAAUGAUUCACUGAAAUU